GCGUCAUGUUAAUACAGGCUUAGAGGGAAUCGGAAACUGUUGCUGACUCUCUUUCUUUCGGUCGUAAGCCGGCACCGGUUCACCAUAAGAACCGACUGUGACGCGUGCCAACUGUUCCGAAAUUAUUCUGGUGCGCAAUACACCGUUCCUUUUACUCAUCUCGUCGGUUCGACCAGCCCACUUUGUAUUUUCUGACGUGGUUUUAACGUGGUAAGCUGUAAACGGUACGCGAUGGCGGCGGUUGACUGUUACCAGAAUCAAGCCCAGACCGAGGGAACCGGCCAACAGACACAAACUCAACAACAGCAGUCCCAACAGCAACAACAUCAGUCACAAUCACAGCAGCAACAGCCGCAACAGCAACAAGCCACCGCUGGAAUUCCAGGCAAGGAUGACGAACGCAAACUCUUCGUCGGUGGUCUAUCGCGUAAUACUACCGACAAAGAAUUACGGGAUCACUUUGGUAAAUUUGGAGAAAUCGAAAGUAUCUCUGUUAAAAUUGAUCCCUACACCGGUAUUUCCCGGGGAUUUGCGUUCAUGGUUUUUACCAAUCCUAAAACGAUCGACAAACUUCUGGCUUCGGGCGAACAUUACAUCAAUAAGCGAAAGGUGGAUCCCAAGCGGGUGAGUAAAAAGCCCCAGUAUGGCAAAAUUUUUGUCGGUGGCCUUACCGCUGAAAUUACCGAUGAUGAUAUCAAAUCCUACUUUGGCCAAUACGGCACCAUCGUUGAAUUGCAAGCGCCGUUUGAUAAAGUAAAAAACCAGAGAAAAGGAUUUUGCUUCAUAACGUUCGACUCCAAGGAAGUUGUAUACAAAUUACUCAAAACACCCAAACAAACGAUAAAUGGGAAAGAAGUGGAUGUGAAGAAAGUCAAAGUUAAUCCAGACCCAAGGAAUCAAGGAUUUUGGGGCCCAGGCUAUGGUUACGGCUACGGCGGAGGCUAUGGUUACAUUCCUGAUUACUGUAACGGUUAUCAAGGGGGAUAUGACGAUAUGUAUGCAAACUAUGAUUAUGCUGCUUACGAUGGGUAUGACAACAUGGGAUACGGGGCUCAAGGUAAGCCACGAGGAAAUGGUCAGGGACCACGUCAAUUUCAGAGACAUCAGCCGUAUUAAAAAUGGGUUUAUGAAUCCUACAUACUCAAAACAUGGUGAUAAUGCAAGAAUAUAGCAAG